AUGAGCAGCCGUUUCUGUCUCUUCGUAUUGGAAGCUGUAGCCGGGCAACAUGCUGAGUGGGUGGAGCAGGCCUCUCUCCUGCCUGCUCGUAUGUCACCCAGGCCCUCUCGACGGCAGGUACUCGUAGACUAUAGCGAUGUCACUUCCAUCACCGAGCGCGGCUCCAUGCCUUUACUCCUAGAAACCUUCUUCUACGCUCUUGACAUGGUUCUAAUCAUAUACUUCAUCUACAAACGACGGAUAGACCGAAGGACCACCCCACGGCUCCCCCUAUUCAUGCUCUGCGUGACCCUCGCAAUGUUCACUCUGUUCACCCUCUACUGGGCGAUAGACGUGUAUCUUCUGUGGGCGGCGGUAUACCGCUAUCUUCCACGCCAAGCAACGGAGCGAGAGGACACUUACCUCGACGGAAUUUGGAUAUCCUGGUCUGCACCCUACUUCAUUCAGCAGAUAGCCCUCUUCAGUAUGAUUGUACUUGGAGACGUCAUCUCUCUAUGGCGAGCAUACGUCAUAUUGAGCCGACCGCGAUGGCUCUUCCUCUUGUCCAUUACUAUCGGCAUUCUUGAGAGUGGGCUGUACAUCCUAUUUCUCAUGGAGUACUUGGCCGAAGAGCUGCCGCACUUUGCUCGCGGCUUCUACGAGUUUUCCGAAAACUCUAAUAGUCCAUCCAUCAUGGCCGCAGGACUUCUCACCGGCUGUGCCCAACUAUUUGCCACCUCGUUGAUCAUCUGGAAGGCCUGGCUUUACUGGAGGGAUGUCCGCGAGUUCUCUCGCCAAUAUCAAGUUCGCCACGGGAUUGCGAUGUUAGCCGUCGUCAUCGAAUCAGGGGCUGUAUACCUAGCAUUGCUGUUUUGGUACGGCAGUGUUGUGAUAUUUGCGAGUGAGCAGUCUCUAGCGCUAGCGCUGGUUUACUACUAUGCAACACCGCUUAUAGCCAUGUAUCCCCCUCUAGUCGUCGUGUUGGUGGCAACCCGUCGCUCCGUACUCGAGCGAAGCAUCGAGAUGAAGACAGCAGUGUCAUCGAACGUACGGUUUGCGACAAAUGCCACCGACACGCAAGGAGGUGUCCGUUACUCCAGACACUCGCUCCGUCACAGCCGUGGUGAUCGCGGCGAUGGGCACCGACCAGAAGGGUUACGAUUACUUGAAGUCAGCUUCGGACCAGGGAUUGAACUCGACAACAUGCAACCGGUCUCGAGUGCUGACGAGUCGACACCAGGAGGGUCCUACAGCGACGACAAGAGCAGAUCGAUAGCCAAACCGCGCCGUGCCCUAUUGAGCUCAAGUUUUGUCCACUCGCCAUAG